GCGCGCAGUACCGGUUUCAUUUCUGUGAUUCAUUGACAAAUUUUGGAAGUGUUUUGGUUCUUUCCUCUCAGUUUGACUCGAAUGUGGUCAAAUUUCGAAAUUACUGAAGGGUAUAUUAACAUUUCCAAACAGUUUAUUUUUCUCUCGACUUGAAAGCAUUAAUUGCAGCAAUCAUGAGUUCAGGCAGCACAUGCUACAAAUGCAAUCAGCCAGGUCAUUUUGCUAGAGAAUGUAGUCAGGCUGGAUCUCGCGAUAAUAGUCGAUUCAACAGGAAUCGUGAAAAGUGCCACAAAUGCAACAAAGUUGGCCAUUUUGCGAGAGACUGUAAAGAUGAAUCAGCAGCUCGCUGUUACAGAUGUUAUGGUGAGGGUCAUUUCGCCAAAGACUGUCCUCAGAGCCCUGACAUGCCGUCCUGUUACAACUGCAGAAAACCAGGGCAUAUUGCAAGGAGCUGUCCGGAGAACAGCGGUAUGGAUCGCAAUGAUACUUGCCAUAACUGCCAAAGGCCAGGACAUAUUUCCAGAAACUGUCCUGAAAAUACUAAAACCUGUUACUUAUGUCACAAGCCAGGUCAUCUUAAGAGAGACUGUGAAGAAAACGAUUAUAGGAAAUAGUAAUGAAACUAUUUUCAUAAUUGUUAUAUUUUAUUAUUCGAGUGUUUGGUUGUGGUGCUCCAGCAUUUGUGUCUUUGUACAAAUCAUAUUUAAUGCCCUCUAAAAUACUGUAGUUGAUUUAUUAGAUGUUGAAAUUUUUUAGUCUGAGGCAUAAGAAACUUUGGUAUUGUAAUUUUUGUUUUGGAACUAGUAUUUUUGUUAAAUUACACAUUGCACUGAUGUUUCAUAAGGGUGUAUUUCAGAAUGUUAUGAAAUAUAUAUUAAAAUGGACAUUAUCAAAGUUUCUGUAGAAAUUUGAACAUGAUGCUAGCAGUGGAAUUAAACCGACACAAAAACA